UAACUAUAUUAUAAUAUAGUUAUUAAUUUAUUGAUAUAAUAUUGAAUAAAUAAUAAAAUGAAAAUAAAAAUAAAAUCUUAAUAGUUAGUGUGCUUAGGAAUUUAGAAGAAUAUUAGGAUCAAUUAAAAAUGAUUUCUCAUAGCCCUUGAAUUGCAAUAUAUUUUAAAUUUUUCGAUUUUAUUUGCAAAAAAAUUGAAAUAAUAAUUUAAAAAAGAAUAGCAAAUUUUAAUUAAAAAAUAUAAAAAAAAAAAAUAAUUGGAAUAAAAUGACAAAUCAAAUGUAGAUUUUUUUAAUAAAGAAAAAAAAUGUUUCAUGCUGUUGUUCGUGUACUUUUAAAAUUAUUUGAGCUUAUUGGAUGCAUUGCCUGUGUAAUUACAAAAAAUCUAACUGAUCAAGAAGCUAGAAGAAUACAAUUAAGGAAUCAAAAAUAUUCAAGGGAAUGGAGUUUAUUGAGCAAUGUUACAUGGUCUAGAGAGGGCAAUGCCUUUGCUAGCGUGACUUAUGGUGGAUUUACGUUAAUAACAGCCUUGUUACUUAUUUCCAGAUGCAUCAAUUCAAGAUCCCGUCCAACACUUACUGAAAAAAUUUUUUUGACUGUUGGCAUGCUAUUUUUCUUUACAAUAGGUAGUUUAGUAUAUGCUUCUAUUGAACAAGUUCAACCAGAUUUACAUGAUAAUGCAUUAAUACUUGGUACAUUAUCAUAUUUAGUUGCUAUUUUAUUUUUAAUUGAUUUAGCAGAUCCAAUGGAACGUACAACAAAUAGAUCAACACAAACAAUUGAAAAUGAAUUAAAUUUUCCAAAUAGUCAAAAUUCUAUGCAACAAAAUUCAUCUUCAUUAGCAAAUAUUCAAUCACAUUUAGAUUAUCAAAAUGAAAUAACAAAUGAAAAUAUUAAUAAUAAUAAAGAUAAAAAUAUAAAAUCAAUACAUAGAGUUGAUUUAACACCAAUACCAUCACCAGAUAUAGAAGCAAUACCACCUAAUGGAUAUUAUUUUCGACCAGGUGAUCAAGUUGAUAUAGUUCAAACAAAAACAUUACCAGUAAGAGAACAACCAAUAUUUGCAAAAGUUCUAUUACCAGAAAAGAAACGUCCAAUUAAAGAAAAAGUUAUUCGACCUAUAAGACUGUAUAAUGAAGAAUAUCGUGAAAAUUAUUUACAAUCAUCGAAUAAUGAUGAUCGAUUUUAUAGAGCUGAUGCUAGAACACAUUAUGUUAAUGCUAACAGUAAUAAUAAUAAUAGUAAUAAUUAUUUUAUGAAUUCAUGUAAAAAAAAUGAUGAGUAUCCAGGUCCAUUGCCAGAAAAAGAUUAUUUUACAGAUGAUGAUAAUAUUGAUAGACCAUUAAAAAGUGGUUUUGUUGCUCAAGCAGCACGUAUGUGGGAUAAAAGAGCAAAAAGAACAGGAAGAAGGGAGCAAAACACACUAGUUUAAAAUUUGAUUUUAAUUGGACUAUAAUUGCAAGCAUAUGACCAAAUUAUGAAAAAACUAAUGUUUAUGAAUAUAAAAUUAAUUAGGUUAAGAAUUUGUUGAAAUUUUAAAAAUUUGAUAUUGUUUUUUUUUUUUUGUAAAUAUUUUGUUAUGUAAGUUUAUAAUAUCUAUUGUAUACUUUAAACAUU